AUGUGGGAAGGCCAGCCCGCUCUUCCGGGGGGCCCCCCCUUUGCACCCCUACCUUCGCUGUCUGCAGAGGGUCUGGGGGCCCCCCCCUUUGCACCCCUAUCUUCGCUGUCUGCAGAGGGUCUGGGGGCCCUCAGAUCCUUCGAGGGGGGCCUCGGGUGCAUUGAUGGAAGCAGCGCAUGCAUUCAGGGGCUCUCCGCUGCACUCGUCCAUGCUGCGCAAACGCCUGCCGUCUACCAUUUCAUCGCGGCUCUCCAGAGACAGAUCGAAGCUGCGGCUGCUGGAGAGGCAGCAGGAUCGUCGACUCAAGGAAACGGAAGCCAGCUGGUGCUGCUGCUCUACGUAAUCAACGACGUCUUGCAGCGAUGCUGCAGUUGUGGGGCCCCCUUCCUGCUGCAGCUGUGUUGCGGGCCCCUGCAGAGUCUCUGUGCAGCUGCUGCCGCGCCAGCAGCUGCUGCUGCGCAGCGCGACGAAAUCAGGAGGGUGCUCAACAUUCUCAAACAAAGGGAUACUUUUGGGGGCGGGCAGAUAUGCGACGUGCUGCUGCGCAUCCUCGAAGGCGAUGAUCUCCAGGUUCCGGAGGUUCCCAGAUACCUCAUGCAGCAACAGCAGCAACAGCUGCAACAGCAAAAGCAACAACAAAAGCCAGGAUACAAAGCAGCGGAAGCACCAGACUCCAAACAGCUCAAAGGCCCCCAGACGUUGGACGGCUUUCGUCUGCAAUUCCCGGCUGCGUCCGAUGCCUCGAUAGCAGCAGCAGCUGAAGCAGCUACUCCCACAACAGCAGAAGACGAAGCCUUCCAACAGCAGAUACAGCGAACUCUCUCUUUGGUCAAAGACUGUACGCUCACAAUCAGAGAUGCGCAGGAUAGCAGGAAGCGCCAGAGCAUGCGGGUGCAGGAGGUGCAGCAGUCUCUGCAGCGGCUUGCCAGGGGGCAAGAGCUUGAGCCGUCGGUGGGAAUAUCAGCACAUCAGCAAUCGCAGGCUCACCUGCAGGCGAGCUUGACGAAUGCACGAGCGCGCAUUGCGCGUCUCUAUGAAAAGGAGUGGAAUAAAACCGUCCAGCUUCAGGAAGCUUUCCUGCUGCUCGCCGAGAAAUUGGAAGAACGCAUGUGCGAGGCCUUGCUGAGGCACUGCAAAUGCAGGCAGCUCAAACUGUCGAUCGACAGGGCGUACGCGGAAAAGAAAGCCGGCUUAGCAGCUGUUAACAAACAGUUUUAG